GGCGGCGGCGGCGGCGGCUGGGAGUGGACCGAAGCGCCGGGAAAGAAAAGCAUUGGACACUUUUUCACCAUGUUGACGGCAUUUUAAAUAUAUUUGUCAGUUUUCCCAAAUUUUAACUGAAGAGAACUUGAAGAGUUUCUACUUGAGGACUGAAGUGUGACUGCCAAUUAUCAGGCCUUCAGGAUGAAUCUGGAAAAACUCAGCAAGCCUGAACUCCUAACACUGUUCAGUAUUCUUGAAGGAGAGCUAGAAGCCAGGGACCUUGUUAUAGAAGCUUUAAAGGCGCAACACAGAGAUACUUUCAUUGAAGAACGCUAUGGAAAAUAUAACAUCAGCGAUCCUUUAAUGGCUCUACAGAGAGACUUUGAAACACUGAAGGAGAAAAAUGAUGGCGAAAAGCAGCCGGUCUGCACAAACCCACUGUCGAUUCUCAAGGUGGUGAUGAAGCAGUGUAAGAACAUGCAGGAACGGAUGCUGUCCCAGCUGGCUGCUGCCGAGAGCAGGCACCGCAAGGUGAUCCUAGACCUUGAGGAGGAAAGGCAGAGGCACGCCCAGGACACAGCAGAGGGAGAUGACGUCACCUACAUGCUGGAGAAGGAGAGAGAGAGGCUGACCCAGCAGUUGGAAUUUGAAAAGUCCCAAGUGAAGAAGUUUGAGAAAGAGCAGAAGAAGCUGUCGGGCCAGCUGGAGGAGGAGCGCGCCCGCCACAAGCAGCUCUCGUCCAUGCUGGUGCUCGAGUGCAAGAAGGCCAGCAGCAAGGCGGCCGAGGAGGGCCAGCGGGCCGGGGAGCUGAGCCUGCAGCUGGAGAAGGAGAAGGGCCGGGUGGGCGCGCUGGAGGAAGCGCUGGCGGCCGAGCGGCGGCGGGGCCUGCAGACGGAGGCCCGGGUGGAGAAGCAGCUGUCUGAGUUCGACAUCGAAAGAGAACAACUGAGAGCAAAGCUGAACCGAGAAGAGAACCGGACCAAAACUCUGAAAGAAGAGAUGGAGAGUUUGAAGAAGGUCGUGAAGGAUCUAGAAGCUUCUCACCAGCAUAGUAGCUCUAAUGAGCAAUCAAAGAAACCAGUGACCACGACUAGAGGCACAGUGACCGAGCCCCCCAGGCUAGUGUCUGUAUUCUGCCAAACGGAUGGUUUUCCGGCAGAAAGAACCCAUGGGAGCAGCGUAGCCAAGACGACAACCGCUGGGCUGCCCGGUCCCACCACUCCCAGUUACUGUUAUGCCAAAGCCAAUGGCCAUUUUGAGCCAGAGAUGCAAACGACCAAGGAGUCCGUGACAGGCAGCAGUGUGGAAAACCAGACGCCUCCACGAGAGAAGUCUGUGGGCUCGGCCCACGAGAAAGCCGUGGAGAAUGGUGGGUGUGCCGGGGGAAUCGAGAGCCCGGGCCCAGUGCCGAGUCAGCUGCCGUCCAGCAGUAGCUCACUGUCCCCCAGCAGCACUGCGUCCUCCUCCCUCACGUCCUCACCUUGCUCGUCACCAGUGCUAACCAAGCGCCUGUUGGGGUCCUCGGCCAGCAGCCCCGGCUACCAGUCAUCCUACCAAGUAGGGAUCAACCAGCGGUUCCAUGCAGCUCGGCACAAAUUUCAGUCCCAGGCAGAUCAGGACCAGCAAGCCAGUGGUCUGCAAAGCCCUCCGUCCAGGGACCUGUCCCCCACCCUCAUAGACAACUCCGCUGCCAAGCAGCUGGCCCGAAACACGGUCACUCAGGUGCUCUCCAGAUUCACCAGCCAACAGGGGCCCAUCAAGCCCGUCUCGCCCAACAGCUCUCCCUUCGGCACAGACUACCGAAACCUGGCCAGCGCUGCCAACCCAAGGGGUGACACCGGCCACUCACCUACUCCAGGCAAAGUGUCCAGUCCUCUGAGUCCCCUGUCUCCAGGGAUCAAGUCCCCCACCAUCCCCAGAGCUGAGAGAGGAAACCCUCCACCCAUCCCACCCAAAAAACCUGGCCUCACGCCUUCUCCCUCCGCUACCGCUCCACUGACCAAAACUCAUUCCCAGGUGUCCUCUGGGGCCACCGCCGAGGACCUUGCGAGCAGCUGCUCUUCCAAUGCUGCCAUGGCCAACGGCAAGGACGUUGAGAUACUUCUGCCUCCCAGCAGCUAGUCCCUGAGGGGUCUGCACAGUUGACAUUCCAUCAGAUCUUGUCCAAGAGCUCGGAGUCAGACCGUUGAGUCAGAUCAUGUUAUUUAUUUUGAUAGUAGCUGAAACCAUCUGUAUAAUACAUUUAGUGUAUUUCACUUUUUUGUAUUUUUUUUUUAAAGUAGAAACUUGAGUAGUUUGGGUUUUUAUGACUCACCUCUUUGUACUAUAAAGCUAGAAGGGCACCUCAAAGACAUCCCAAGCGCAGCAGUCACCGUGGUGUUGUGAUGGAGGGAGCUGAGUGAGUAGCAGGUGGUGACUUGCUGUCUAUUUUAGGACUUAGAAUCACUCUCACUCAUUUUGAAUUAUGCAGAAGUGGUUCAUGCAGAUUUUUAUUCCAGAUGAACAUGUUUUAAAAGUGCCUGAAAUAAGACUGCCAUAUGAAUGUGAUUCUGCAGCAAAAACACGAAACGGCUCGUUUAAUUGCAGAAAAUUAGAUCCUCUGUGAAUCCUGAAUGUUAAAAACAAGCACUGCUUUUAAUCCUCUUUUACUGUUUUUGAUACUACAAGCUGCGUAAGUAGAGUGGGGAUCCUCAGGUGGGUGUGAACUCACCACCAACCGGAGCUUUUUAGAGCCCCUGAGAAGCCCUCCUGAGCAUUAAGUAGUUGGGGUGCUGAUUUUCUUGUACUCUUGAAAGGUUAAGUCACUCCCAGUGUCCUGCAUACAUUCUUGAAUAGAAUGAAAUCACAUCUCCAUUCAAAAAAAUGUCUUCAGGCAUCUACUGUUUGUAAGGAACUUCUGAUUCCGAUUGCUAUUACUUGAAUAGGAACUGGUUACUCAUUCUGUAUAAAAGUUUUGCCACAGAAUGUGGUUUUUAUUCUGUAAUCAAAAAGCAAUAAUUUAAAAUUCGCUCUUUGUAAUAUAAAUCAAAAUUAUAUAGGUUUUACCAAGUUGUUCUCUUACUCUCCAGGCUGCCAGCACUUGGUGUCUGUCUGUGGAACCAAAUUAACUUUUGCCUAAAUGGAAGUAUCACCUAUCUGUAUAGACACAUCCCUUUACGUGUUUAACACAUAAAUAUUAGUGUGAUUAUAUCUUUGGAGUUUGCAAUAUCGCAUAAAGGAUGAGUAGAAAUGCACAUUAAGAUUACCUACCAAAGCAACUAGAUGGGUCUGGAACCCAGUCAAUCAAAGGAGCAAUGGUAUCCACAAGGAGGUGGGGAAAUUCCACAUGAAGUCAGGUCUUCAGAUUCAUAAAAAGGCAGAGCCAGCCCUAGCCGGUUUGGCUUGGUGGACAGAGUGUCGGCCUGCAGACUGAAGGGUCCCAGGUUUGAUUCCAGUCAAGGGCACAUGCCCGGUUGUGGGCUCAAUGCCCAGUCGGGGGCGUGUAGGAGGCAGCCCAUCAAUGAUUCUCUCUCAUCAUUGAUGUUUCUAACUCUCCUCCCUUCCUCUGAAAUCAAUAAAAGUCUUUUUUUAAAAGGCAGCACCAAACUAACCCUAGUGUCACAAAACGGAGCGGGCCGUGUAAAUGAGCGAGGUGGUCACUCGGCCCCGUGGUGGAAGGCCGCGGGAGCAGGAGGAGCCGCAGCACACUGGAUGCCCAGCCCCACCUAAAGGUCCCCUCCUGCCGUCCAGCAGCUUGUUGCCGUGCAAGAAUGCUGGGCCAGGGUUACCAGCUCCUCACAUUUAAUAAAAUCCAAAUUUCCAUGAGAAACAUCCUCAUUUUUAAAUACCAAGAACCGAUUCCAAAACAGUUUAAGCACUGCUAGUUAAACACUUCUGCAGCUGGAUUUAGCCCACAGCUUCCGAGUUGCAAUCCCUUUAAAUUAGUUCCAUCAUGGCAGGCGUGUGAGGCAAAAGCCUCCAGACUUUCCAACCUGUAGGCUAGUACAGGAAACAAAGUCCAUAGAGUAUAAUGACCCUCUCCCUCUUCCAAACAAGACUGCCCACAACCCAGCUCCGACGUGGUUACCGGAUUUUGUGUCCACAGGGAUGGGCGUCACAGAACAUGGUGUCCUCACAUACAUUCUCGCCGACCUCUACCCAGCAGCCCCUGACCUGCUGUCAUUUAAAUCUGUUUCCUCUUAAUCCAGUAUGAGUUGAUGGGCAGGUGACGGAAAUUGAUGUGUAACUCACAGGGGACCACAUCGGUGUCUCCACAGCUUAUGGUUUCAUGAAGGCCAAUUCUUAACAAUUAAAAACUAUUAAUGCCCCAGAGAGUCUACCAGUGAUGAAGGGAGUAUCUGAAACUUCCCAAAGCAAUCAUGCACUGAGCUUUAUUCCCAGCGAAGCCAAAUGAUGGUGUUGAUGAUAAAAUAGCUGAACUUUUUAAAUUGAGGGGCAGUAGUCCCAGAGUAUUAUUACCUCCCUUGCUUUAAAUGGUAAUCUUAAAUGUUGCAUUGUGCUCUUCCUUUAUUUUGGCAUAGAUAUAUAUAGAGAGAGAUUAUGGGGGAGUUUAUUUCUUAGGAAGUGCACUGAAUAAUGUAUUUCUUUUACAGUGUAACAUGGGGGUGGGGAGAUGAAAAAGAAAUGUGUAUUUUUGCUAGUUGCCUAUCUUCUGAGAUAAAAAGCACAAUACUGCAAUGGAUCCAAUAAUCCAGUUAGGUAUUAUAGAAUAGUAUUUAAGUUUGCCGUAGAUCGUGUGUGCUAAGUAAAAGUUCCAUGAUUCACAGUUUUGGUAUUUAACCCAUGUUGCAAAAGCUGUGUUACUGGUCAACAGAUUAUAAUGAUGUGCAACCCAUAACACAGGCAUUAACUAGUCACUAACAUUUGUAAAGCAAAUGCACCGUGCAGAAAUCUUCAUCCAUUUUUAUAGCAGACUACAUUAAAACAAGUUAAAUCAUA